CAAGAGUAUUGGCGGAUUGUUGAGCAGAAGACUUGUCACGUUGCUGUGCAUUGUGGAAAGGUUGAUACAAAGACUCACGGCAGUGGAUUUCCUGUGGGUAAAGCGGAACCCUUUUCAAGACAUGGAUGGAAUCUUACAGUCCUUCCUAAUAAUUCAGGAUCCAUCCUGCGUCACCUUGGUGCUGUGCCUGGAGUAACAAUUCCUUGGCUUAAUAUUGGCAUGGUUUUUUCUACCUCAUGCUGGUCUCGCGACCAAAAUCACCUUCCCUACAUUGACUACUUACACACUGGUGCUGAUUGCAUUUGGUAUUGCAUUCCUGCUGAGGAAGAGAGCAAACUUGACAAAGUGGUACAUACUCUACUUCAAGCCAAUGGUACUCCUGGUCUUCAAAUGCUUGAAAGCAGCGUCAUGAUCUCCCCAGAGGUGCUGUGCAAAGAGGGGAUCAAGGUGCACCGUACUGUACAACAGAGCGGACAGUUUGUUGUCUGCUUUCCAGGAUCCUUUGUAUCAAAAGUGUGCUGUGGCUACAGUGUAUCUGAAACUGUGCACUUUGCUACCACCCAGUGGACAAGCCUGGGCUUCAAGACUGCCAAGGAAAUGAAACGUCGACACAUAGCAAAGCCGUUCUCUAUGGAGAAAUUAUUGUAUCAAGUAGCAACAGCCGAGGCAAAGAAGGAGAACGGCCCAACUCUGAGUGUCAUUUCUUCACUGCUCGGAGAGCUCAGGGAUACAGAGUUGAGGCAGAGAAGGGAACUCUUUGAGGCAGGCCUCCACUCUUCUGCUCGCUACGGAAGCCAUGACACCAGCAACUCAUCAUUGGACGGGAAGAAAAAACCUCGGAAGUGGCUGCAGUUUGAAACGUCUGAGAGAAGAUGCCAGAUUUGCCAGCAUUUGUGUUACCUUUCCAUGGUGGUGCAAGAAAAUGAGAAUGUGGUGUUCUGCCUGGAGUGUGCGCUGCGUCACGUGGAGAAGCAGAAGUCGUGUCGAGGGUUAAAGCUGAUGUAUCGCUACGAUGAGGAACAAAUAAUAAGUCUCGUCAAUCAGAUCUGUGGGAAGGCGUCUGGGAAAAACAACAGCAUUGAGAACUGUAUGAUUAAAUCUACACCAAAAAGGGGACCAAGGAAGAGAGCCACACUUGAUGUGCCAUGCUCCAGACUUUCAUCCAUCAGUUUGUCCAAAAGUGCUUCAUAUUCAUCCUGAAGAUGCCAACGCUCUCAGUUCUCUGAUCAUAUAAAUAUAUAUAUAUAAAUAUAUAUUUUUAUUUUGUAAUUUUACCAUAGUUUGGAGUACUUGCUGUAGAAUGCAGGCUGUCUUUGCACUAGCUCUAUGAAGAUUUUUUUGUUUCUUCUGGUUUUUAGAGAAGUAACUUUGUUUUAGCAUUAAACUGUUGGUUUUAUUUUAUUUGUUUUGUAUGUAGACACUGCAGUCAGACUUUCAAUACUGCAGUCUAGUCACUGUUUUAUGCCAGUCUAUGGGGCAGUCUGUGUUUUUGAUUUUCAUUUAUUUUUUCUGUCGCCCCCUAGACUGAAUUAUAUACAGAAAGCCUUCCUUGACAACCAUGUGUGAAAAAGGCUUUUAAAUCAUCUUUAUAAGUUUAUGGUCUUUUUUUUUUUUACUUUUUGUAUUUCUUUAUCCAGUCAAGGGAGCAGUUUUUUUUCUAGAGGAAAAAGAAAACAAAAUCGAAACUUGAACAAAAUCUGCUUUUUCUUGACUACGUCUCAUUCUGUCACGUGCAAGAUGAGUUUUGUAAUUUUUUAAAAAAUUGGGGUCUACAAUAUAGUAACUUAAAAGGUAAAAAAAAAAUACAACAAAACACAAAAAAAAACUGAAGAUAGUUUGGCAGCUGAUGGACUUUUUUUUUUUUUUCAAACAAAACCAGAGGCAGAAAGCUGAGACUUGGAAAUGGUUUCUCUGUUACCAGCACAUUUCUAUGCAUCAGUUAAAGGAGAAGAAAUGGCGGAUGAACUCAAGCAAUGCCUUCCUGGCAGAUGUCACUUGGGGGGGGGGGGUGGGGUGGGACUAUAAACUGUGCCUGAUUUCAUAAGGAAUCCAUUCUGUUAUUUUUGGUGCUGUUGGCUACUUUAUCAAAUAAUGAAAAAAGAAAUGUUAAAAAAAAAACUUCAAUAGCAUCCUUUGACAAAGAGAAGGAAAAAUGAAUUUAAAGUAUAUAAAUAUAUAUAUAUAUAAAUGUUUGAAGCCAGAAGUGCUUCUAUGUCAUAGACGUGCAAUCUUUCUAACAUUCCAUUUCAUUCCACUGCUAUAUCUCAACACAUCACACAAUCAGCAUUAAUAUGUAUGUAUAUAGUUUUUUAUGUUCUCUCCAUCACAUGGUCCCGUGACUGAGAUGGAAUUGCUUCAUCGAUCACCUUCUAGAGCCACUAGGGUCUGAAUUGUUAUUAAUUAAUUAACUUUUUAAUUAUUUUUAUUUUGUUCUGUCGUGAAUGUGAAAAAUAAUUUUCCUCAUUGUCUUAUUUUUAAUUUUUUCUGUUAGCUCCGUGUUUGCAAAAGAAAAACAAAUUACAAAUCACCAGGUUAUAUAUAUAUUAUUUUUUUUUUGUACAUAUGCUUGUAAAUUGAGUAAAAUACUUGAGCCUUUUGGGGAUUGGGGUGGACAGGGGACGGUGAGAAGAAAAAUAAAAGAUGAAGAAAAAGCCUUACAUUUCAGUUUCUUCAUCAGAUGGUCUGGAUGCUUACAGGGUUAUUCUUGUAACAUAUAAGUGCUGCUUACAUCACUGAACAACUAAAAAGAAUUAAUGGCAUAAGUUUUGCCCCGAUUUCUCUGGUUGUUUGUAUGUGUGGGACUAAAGUAUAGAAGAAAAAAAAGGGAAUUUUUUUUUUCACAAUUAUUAUUUUUUUUUGUUUUGUUUCAUGAUUGAAAGAAAUCCGAGAAAAAAAAAACAAGAAAAAAAUACGUAGCUAGCCAUAUUGCACUGAACUCGCCAGUGGUGACUAUUGGAAGAGUGUCCUUUUAAUACAAUUUGUUGGUUGUUGUUGCAGAAGACUGAACUGUUUUUGAAUAUUUAACAAUAACAUAAACUGAGUCAAGUGUUUUCCAAUGUGGUUGUCCAGUUUUAUGGCCUUGCUGUGUGCUUUUUCCCUCUUGACAGUAAACUUCUAUGACUACGGCUUACAGGUUGACAUUUAAUUUAUUAGCACUGCUCUGCUCUCUUUCCUUGUGACGGAAAGACUCCAUGUUGUUUAUUGCCAGUUUUGUUUACUUUUCAGGUUUGUACAACAAGGUUUAUUAAUAAAUAAGACAAUUUUUUUUUUUUU